AUGUCCAAAGUCUGGUUUAUCACAGGAACAUCUCGUGGCCUUGGCCUGGCAAUCGCUGAAGCAGCUUUGAAAGCAGGAGCAUCCGUCAUUGCCACAGCCCGUACCCCAUCUCAAUUAGACAGCCUCGUCUCAAAAUAUGGCGUGGACAAGAUUCUUCCUCUGGCUCUCGACGUAUCCAACAACGAUGCUGUUCUCCGAGCCGUGAAGACAGGCCACGACAAGUUUGGCCGCAUUGAUAUCGUCGUCAACAACGCAGGCUACGCAGACACCGCUGCAGUAGAAGAUACCACAGUUGAGAGUUUCCAUGCUCAGAUCAACACAAAUCUUAUGGGUGUCAUCUAUGUUACUAAAGCCGUUCUCCCAAUUCUGAGGAAGCAGGGCUCUGGACAUAUCUUCCAAGUCUCAUCGCUCGGCGGACGGGUGGGCACACCAGGGCUCUCGGCAUACCAAUCUGCAAAAUGGGCUGUUGGAGGCUUCUCAACCGUUCUCGCCCAAGAAGUUGCUCCAUUAGGCAUCAAAGUCACCGUCCUCGAACCUGGUGGAAUCCGCACAGACUGGGCCGGAUCCUCGAUGAAAAUCCUACCUGUUAGUGAGCCAUACAAGCAGACUGUUGGCGCCGUUACAGAUAUGCUCAGGGUCCACGCGAAAGAGUUCCCAUCUCUUCCUGAGAAGAUUGCGGAUAUUGUACUAAGUCUUUCGGAGGAGAAGGAACCGCCAUUGAGGCUUCUGCUUGGACCUGAAGCAGGGAAUUAUGCGGCAAAUGCUGCAAAAACGAUCGCGGAUUCGGAUGAGAAGUGGCGUCACCUUACACUUUCUUCAUUUUAA